AAGAAGCAGCGCAAGGCGGCGAAGCAGGAGCGCUGCGCCGCGAAGCGCGAGGGCAAGCUCGCCGGCCCCGACGAGGAGGUGGACCUGCUGGCGCUCAUCGCCGCGCAGCGCCUCAAGGACGCCGCGCGCACGGAGGUCACGGUCGCGAAGCUCGAACCGCCGACCGACGGCGCCUUCGCGCCGUUCCCGCCGCGGUGCAACGCGUCGCUCGCGGCCGUCGGCGACGACCUCUACUUGUUCGGCGGCGAGCUCAACGAGGGCGACCAGACGACGGUCUUCAACGACCUCUACCGCUACCGCACGGCGAAGGACGAGUGGUACGCCGUCGCGUCGCUGAACGCGCCGUCGCCGCGCUGCGCGCACCAGGCCGUCGCGCUGGGGAAGCACGUCUACGUCUUCGGCGGCGAGUACGCGACGCUCACGCAGUUCUACCACUACCGCGACCUCUGGCGCCUCGACACGCGCACCCACGCCUGGGAGCUCGUCGAGCCGGCGAAGAAGAAGGGCCCGUCCGCGCGGAGCGGCCACCGCUGCUGCGAGUGGCGCGGGAAGAUCCUGCUCUUCGGCGGCUUCUUCAAGGCGUCG